AUGCUAAUUUGGCAGUAUAGUAGGAGAGCCUCAAUGACCGGCAGAAAAUUUGAGUUCUUUUCAAAAAACACUUAUAAAUCUAUAAGAUGUGGCAAAUGUAAGGUAGUUCAGUUUGAACAGGUCCCAUGUUUAUAUUUUCCUUACUUUAUUUCAAAUAACAUGUAUAAAUCUGUAAGAUGUGGCAAAUGUAAGGUAGUUCAGUUUGAACAGGAUUUGUAUGAUGUUGAUUACAAAAUAAAUUGUAUAGUGGAUUUCAUUGCUUUACUGAUCUUCAUAAAUAUAAUAUUGAAACCUGUUCAGGAUAAUUUCUAUAGAGCAGUGGGUCUCCAGACAUACAUUUCAGCAUCAAAUUUUGUUUUACUUACAAAGUCAUUUACAUAUACUGUCAAUACUAAGAAAGAAGAAACAGAGGAGGUCAGGGACCAUUACUUGUCAGGUCUUGGAAAACUCCAUUAUGCAGAUAAGGAGGUCCAAAAGCUGUUAGAUAAUCUCAUGGACUUGCGUUCACAACUAGCUGACACCACAAAAAAAUUGGAACAAACGAAGCUAAACAUUAUUUAUACACAAAAGCAACAUGCUGCUCAAACCAAGAAAGUUGAAAAGCAACGAGAUAUUACUGAGAAACAGAGAGAAGUUACCAAAGGGCUGCAAGAUAAUUGUGAUGAAAUAAUGAGUGAAGCAACACCAUUUCUUGAAGAUGCAAAUGAAAAAUUGAGUGCACUAAAACCAUCUGACAUGACAAAUCUGAAGGGAAUGAAGCAACCCCCAGAUGGAGUAAGAGUGGUCAUGACUGCAGUUUGUCUAUUGAAAGAUGUGAAACCUGACAGAAUUACUGAUCCAGCCUCUGGAAAGAAAUCAAAUGACUACUGGGGACCAGCUAAAAAGCUUCUUGCAGAUUUCCGCUUUCUGUUCAACCUUAAAACAUUUGACAAAGACAACAUACCUCCUGCCAUUAUGAAGAAAGUUCGAGCUGAAAUAAAAAAACCAGAGUUUAAUGCUCAAACUAUAGCAAAAGCAUCAAAGGCUGCUGAAGCAAUAUGUCUGUGGGUGACUGCAAUUGACGUAUAUGAGCGUGUUUCCAAGGUAUUAGAACCAAAAAAAGUAGUAUUAGCGGAAGCUGAAGCAGUCCUACAAGAACUCAGUACUGUUUUAUCUAGCGAAGAAGAGAAGCAGAAGGAUCUUGAAGCCAAAUUAUUGGAAUUGAACAGAGUGCGUGAGGAAACUGCUGAUCAUAAAGCUGACCUUGAAGCUAGAGAAGCUGAGGCAGACAGCAAGUGGCAGCGAGCUGACAGACUUAUUCGAAGCCUUGAAGGAGAGAGAAUUCAUUGGACAGAAGCAUCUGACUCAUUGCAGCUCGCACUUGAUAACCUGCCUGGCAAUGUUUUAGUAUCUUGUGGAGUUAUGGCAUACCUUUCACCUUUCACAUCAGUGUACAGGACUAAAUGCAUUGAAGACUGGCAUGCAUACAUUGUUAGAAGUGGCAUCCCAAGUUCAACUGUCUAUGAUUUUGUGCAAGCCCUGGGGCUCGAUCUAAAAACCCGUUCAUGGAUAAUUGCUGGGCUUCCUCGAGACCAUUUUACACUUGAAAGUGCAGUUAUUGUUGAUAAUUCACAAAGGUAGUGGCUAUUCUACUAAUUUUCC